AUGGCACCUUACCUAUCUGCGGAAGCAGAAACCCCGGUAGCGGUUAACCAAUUCGAUAAUCCCCUCUCUUCAAAAGGGCCAAUUGUACAGGUUAAUGAGAAAUCUGCCCAGCUCUGCCUUAAGCUAUCCCCUGAGCUUGAGGAAUUUUGUACCAAAUCCGGAAUCACCUCCCACAAGAUCCUUCUAUCCGCCUGGGCUAUCACGCUCAGUUAUUAUACGGCUUCUGAGACCGUCACUCUUGGAGGUACAGAAUGGCAAAGAGACGGGACCUGCUACAAUAUAAGGUAUGAAGUGGGAUUGGAUGACGAUACACCCCUUCUUCGUGCUGUUGAGCAGUUUCAAACCAGCUCAUAUUCCGGCUCAACUGAAGAUACCGAUGAAGCUUCUCCUGGGAUGAAAAUGGUUGAUACAUUUGUGGUACAAAAAUUAUCAAAUUCAGGACUACCAGUUGAUAACCGCCCUGCCUUCAAGAUAAGGGGAUGUAAAACUCCUCUCUCGGACACCGUCAUCGUUGAUGUAGUCAACAGAGGGCUCACGGAACAAGUGGAAUUGGAUGUGUACCUUAAUGAAUCGUUAGGGAGACACCUCACUAACAUGUCGAGAACUUUUCAACAAGUUGUAGCCGAAAUGCUCCUUAAACCUACUGGGAAGUUGGGGGAUCUGAAUCUAUGCAACACAUGGGAUAUUACAACUCUGGCGAUGUGGAAUGGUGAAAUAUCAACAGAAGGCUCAGAUAAGUGCCUACAUGACUUGAUAAGCCUUCGGUGCGCCGAAGACCCAGACUAUCCCGCAGUACAGUCCUGGGAUGGAAACCUGUCAUAUGGACAGCUUGACGAGUUCUCAUCUAUUCUAGCUGCCCGGCUUUCUGCCUCCCAUCCUAGCGUUGGCCCUGAGAAAUUUGUUCCGUUGUUAUUCGAAAAGUCCAAAUGGGCCGUGGUAUCUGUACUCGCAGUGGUUAAAGCGGGUGCAGCAUUUGUAUUAUUGGACCCAUCGCUACCGCUUAAACGCCUUGAGCAUAUCUGUCGCCAGGUCAAGGCUACGGUAGUAAUUACCUCUCCUCAGAAUUCUAAACUUGCCGGUGCUUUGGAAAUCCCGAUUUUUAUUGCCAGCGAGAAAAAAGUUGCCACCCAUAGCCCUAUGUCUUGUUCUGGGCCUUUGGUUCGCCCGUCAAAUGCACUUUAUGCAAUUUUCACUUCUGGCUCAACAGGAAAUCCAAAAGGAAUUGUUAUUGAACAUGGUUCUUUCCUCUCCAGUGCCCUCGCAUAUAUCAAAACCGUGGACCUAAAUCGAAGCUCUAGGGUCUUGCAAUUUGCAUCCUACGCAUUCGACGUUAGUGUUUCUGAUAUAUUGUACAGUCUACUGUCUGGUGCUACUCUCUGUAUCCCUUCGGAUGCUGAGCGUAACAAUAAUUUAGUAGAGCUGGUUGACCGCUUGAAACCGAACUGGAUGGACCUCACACCGUCUUUCUUGAGAUCACUUUCACCUGCGGACCUUUACAGUGUUAAGACCAUCGUUCUAAGCGGCGAAGCGAUGACACAAGAUGUUAUUGCUAAAUGGGACAGUGAAGCACGCCUGUUGAAUGUUUACGGGCCAGCUGAAUGUUCAGUUCAGACCACCGUCCAGACUUCCGUUGCAGCUGACCCAGUGAAUAUCGGCUAUGCGAUCACUGGAGCCUCCUGGGUAGUUAGUCCAUCAGACCAUAACCGGCUGAUGCCGAUAGGCGCCAUUGGAGAGCUCUUAAUCGAAGGAACUCAUGUUGGGAGAGGGUAUAUAGACAGCCCGGAAAACACUCGUAAGGCCUUUAUCCGGAGCACAGAAUGGCUCCCUGAAUUCCGCAUGGACCAUAAGGCACUUUAUAAGACUGGUGAUCUAGUCCACUACCAGCCAGAUGGCUCUCUUCGGUACAUUGGCCGGAAAGAUACCCAGGUGAAACUGCGUGGACAGCGCAUUGAAUUAGGUGAAGUGGAGCAUUAUGUUCGAGAGUGCUUCACUGAGUCUAGGGAUGUUGUAACAGAAAUGGUGAAGCCGCAAUACGAGGGCGGAACACCCAUGCUCAUUGCGUUCGUGUAUUGCCCUGGAGAGAGAAACGGGCGGAAUGGCAAUGAGGUAGGAAAAGACACCUUAUUUGCCCAGCCAGAUGAUUCAUUCCGCGGCCACAGUGCCGCGGCUAGAGAGAAGAUGGCAAAUAAUCUUCCAGUCUAUAUGAUUCCAAGUGUCUUCAUCCCAUUGCUUCGUGUUCCUCUUUCGUCCACGGGCAAAACGGAUAGAAAGCUGUUACGAUCCCAGGCUGCUGCUCUAUCCCGAGCCAAUUUGGAUUCUUACUCAGUGAAUAUCAACAAGACACGAGUCCCACCAUCGUCUGACAUGGAGAAAUGUUUGCACUCGGUUUUCGCGGAAGUCCUCAACUUGUCUCCCGAAAUACUCGGCAUUGACGAUGACUUUUUCCAUAGCGGUGGAGAUUCCAUCACUGCUAUGCAGGUCAUUAGCCAGUGCCGGAAGCAAGGGAUAGCACUCGCUCUUGGUGAAAUAUUCCGCUUGAAGACAAUUAUAAAGAUUGCAAAAGGCGCUUCUUUUGGAGCUACUUCUUCCUUAUCCCGUCAACAGCAAGAGGACCAGGUUGGAGUACCAUUUGGCUUGUCUCCAAUCCAGGACAUGUAUUUUGAAGACUGCCCUGAAGGCCACAAUGACUUUAACCAAAGUUUUUUCCUUGCUUUUGCCCGACAUGUUGGAGAGGUAGAAUUGAUGAGAGCCAUGGAGCUUCUGAUUACCCGUCACUCAAUGCUCAGAGCCCGCUUCCAUCGUUCUAAGGAAGGAAAGUGGACACAGUCAAUUUCCCAGGAUGUGGUAGGUUCCUACCGAUUAGAAAGCCAUCGGUUAUCUCGCAGAGAAGAAGUUACUGCUAUCAUGAUGGACAGUCAAACUAGGCUGAACCCGCAGACCGGCCCACUUUUCUCGGUUGACUUCAUUGAAAUUGCAGACGACAAGUCCCAGUACGUGUUCCUUGUUGCUCAUCAUUUGGUCAUUGAUUUGGUAUCUUGGAGAAUUUUGCUAGCCGAGUUGGAAGAAGUCUUAGAAACAGGAACUAUUUCGCAAGAAAUUCCCAUACCAUUCCAAGCAUGGUAUAAGUUACAGCUUGAAUACGCCCAAAAACACUUGCCGCCACAAAAGGCCCUUCAUUUCACGCCUACUCUCGUAGAAGCCGAUUAUUGGGGCAUGAAAGGUCGAAAAAAUAUUUAUGGAAAUGUCAUUCACGCAUAUCUGAAGGUUGAUGAAGCCUUGACAACUGCAUUGCUCAAGGAUGCCAAUUUGGCAUUUGACACUCAGCCAGUUGAGAUUCUGCACGCCUCACUCCUACAUUCGUUUAUGAAAUGUUUCCCCGACAGAGAGCCACCACUCAUUUUUAAUGAGGGCCAUGGACGAGAACCGUGGGAUAGCUCAAUUGAUAUUUCACGGACAGUUGGCUGGUUUACAACUAUCUGGCCUACUGAGGUGUUAGUGGAUGAUAGGAAUGACGUGGUUGAUAUAGUCCGGCGGGUCAAGGAUGGAAGACGAAAGGUGCCUGGCAGAGGAUGGCCUUACUUUGCUUCCAGAUAUCUUAAUGACAAGGGAAGAGCAGCAUUCAAUGGAUACACGCCGUUUGAGAUUGUUUUCAAUUUCCACGGACUGUACCAGCAACUUGAACGUAAGGAUGGCCUCCUUCAACAAGUCCCUUGGAAGUAUGAGGCGUCUUGUGACAAUGGGCCUAAUGUCGUUCUCCCUGGACUGUUUGAAAUUACUGCAGUCAUUAUCCAUGGUAGCCUCCAGUUCGAAUUUAUGUAUAGUCGGGAAAUGCAACACCAGGACGCCAUUAGACAUUGGAUCCGAAGCUGUGCUAGCUCUCUCCAUGAGGCUAUAGAGGGCCUGUUGGUACAUGAGGAAUCUCCUACAUUGAGUGAUUUUCCACUUCUACCUUUGACUUAUAAUGGUCUGACCCAAUUGACCACUGAAAUCCUCCCUCAAUUGGGGAUAUCGUUGAAUGACAUAGAUGAAAUAUACCCCUGCCUUCCUAUGCAAGAGGGCAUAUUGCUCAGUCAAAUUCGAAAUAAUUCGCAUUACCAGACCCGAACAAUGAUCGAGCUCGUGUCUUCCAAUGGAGCAAUCGAUACGGUUCGAGUUCGUGACGCAUGGCAACAGGUUACAAAUCGUCACCCCUCACUCAGGACAGUGUUUGUGAAAAGUAGCCUUUCAGGGGCCAUGUAUGACCAAUUGGUAUUGAAAUCAAUGCAGGCCCAAGUCCGUAUAUUGCCGCGCGCUAGAAAUCACGAGGCGGCUGAAAUACUCUAUAAGGAGCGGAGAAAUUUCAGUGAACUUGGGCAACCUUUGCACCUACUCACAGUCUGUGAAAACUCCGACGGUCAAGUUCUUGCUGACCUUGGGUUCAACCAUGCAAUCAUUGAUGGCGUUUCUAUUUCAACCCUGCUUGAAGAAUUCAAGCUUGCAUAUAUGGGAGAACUCACAGAAUCCCCAGCUUCACACUACAGCGAAUUUGUUAAUUAUAUUCAGAAUAUGUCCCAUCAAGAAACCCGCAAGUACUGGGUGAAUUAUUUGGGAAACUCUGAUCCCUGUCUAUUCCCAGUUCUUACGGACGGUGUCUUUUUAUCUACUGGACUAGAGGCCAAUAAGCUAGAGAGGACAAAAAUUACCCUUGAAGAUUUACCAGAUCUUCAUGAAUGGUGCAGAGCGCGAGAUAUUACUCUUUCAACUCUACUUAGGGUGUCCUGGGCUCUUGUUUUGCGUUGUUUUACCCAGAUGGAUGAUGUUUGCUUUGGGUAUAUGAAUUCUGGCCGGGAAGCCCCAAUUGACGGUAUUGAAGAAAUCGUCGGCCUCUGUGCGAAUAUAAUCAUCUGCCGACUGGAACUCUUCAAAGAAAGGAAUAUUGCAGGCAUCUUCCAAUCUGACAAAACAGAUUUUCUCAACUCCUUGUCGAAUCAGAAUGCCUCUCUAGCGGAUAUUAUGCAUGCUAUUAACAUGUCGAAUCAAACGCUCUUCAAUACAAUCUUAUCCAUACAAAAUAAGUCGACGCCAUCUGAAAUUGGAAACAGUAAUUUCGUGGUUAAAGAAUUAUUCGAAGACGACCCGACUGAAUACGAUAUCAGUGUCAACAUCGAACUCUCCGGCUCAGGCAAGAAUAUCAGUGCAUAUCUUGGAUAUUGGACUGCAAGUCUUUCUCGAUGGCAGGCACAAAAUGUUUCUACGACAUUCAGUCAUAUCAUCUCUGAGAUUGUUAACUCUCCGAAUCUCUCUACCAUCGAGAACUUGAACUAUUUUGGUGUAGCCCAUAAGUGGCAGGUUGCAAAAUGGAAUAUUGACGCGGCUGCGUCAGUAGACUGUUGUACCCAUACCUUGAUUAAGGAGCGCUGUAAAUUUCAGCCUGAGGCCCAGGCUAUCUGUUCUUGGGACGGAAAUAUGACCUAUAUGGAACUAGAUGAAAUAUCGUCUAAGUUAGCUACUAAAUUGGUUACCGCCGGUGUGAAGCCUGACUCUAUCGUACCACUAUACUUUGAGAAGUGUAAAUGGGCUCCGGUAGCAAUGCUGGGAGUUCUAAAAGCAGGGGGAGCAUUUGUUCUGCUUGACCCUUCGUAUCCAAAACAACGCCUUCAAAAAAUAUAUCAGGAUACAGGUGCCAUUUUAGUCGUGACGACUCCGCCACUUUCUGCUGGUGCCGAACAAUUGACAAAGCAAGUUAUCGUGAUUAGUGAGGAGGUAUCUUCCUGGAACAUAGAUGAGGCUCUUCUGAGUACUGUGUCAGUCACCCCUAAGAACGCCAUGUAUUCCGUCUUCACUUCGGGGUCUACAGGAGAGCCUAAAGGCGUUAUCAUUGAACAUACGGCAUUCCUCACCAGUGCUCGUGGCCAUAGUGCUACACUUCACCUAGACUCGAGAAGCCGAGUGUUCCAAUUUGCAUCGUAUACUUUUGAUGCAACCAUCUGUGAAACGCUUACAGCCCUUCUUGUCGGUGGUUGCAUCUGUACACCGUCGGAAGCAGAAAGGUGGAAUGAUAUAUCUGGUGCGAUAGCAAGAUUGAAUGCAAAUUGGAUGUUUAUAACACCAGCAUUGGCUAGAACACUUGAUCCCUCUCGUUUUGCCUCACUGAGGACUAUGGUUAUCGGAGGUGAACUCAUCACCACUGCCGAGACCCGUCUUUGGUGCGACAAACUGCAGCUACUUUUGGCCUAUGGACCCUCAGAAUGUUCAGUGAUAUGUGCCGUCACAGAUCCUGUAAAGACAAUUUCUGACCCUCGAAACCUUGGACACAUAUUCGCUGGUUCUUCUUGGAUUGUUGAUCAACAUGAUCACAAUAAACUGGUUCCUAUUGGCUCAGUUGGUGAAUUAAUCAUUGAGGGGCCUCUUAUUGCUCGGGAAUAUAUUAACCGCCCAGAGAAGAAUGCAGAAGCAUUCGUGGAGGAACCAGCGUGGCUUUAUGAUUUCCGAUGGAGCAGAAAGUCGCGAUUCUAUAAAACUGGUGAUCUUGUCCAAUAUGCCGUCGACGGCACUAUUCGAUACGUGGGACGAAAAGAUACACAGAUCAAACUUCGAGGGCAACGUCUUGAGCUGGGAGAGAUUGAGCAUCGUCUGCGUCAAGCAUUCCCUAGCGCUAAGGAUGUUAUUGUUGAUGUCGUUCUCUCCAGCGUAAAGAAGACUCGAGCUUUAAUCGGCUUUGUAUACUGUGGCAACGAGGCCAAGUCGUCUCCAGAAAAGAUAUGGAAUAUACCGUCUGAAAUAUUCACCCUACACGCGCAGGAGGCGAGGAAAAGGCUGCAAAAGGAAUUACCAAGUUACAUGAUCCCAGAGUCCAUCCUCCCGUUGGCGAACAUUCCCCUUACCAAGAACGGGAAAUUCGAUAGAAAGCUUUUGCGGAAGGAAGUUGAGAAAAUGUCCUCUGAAGCUCUCCUAACAUUAGACUCCGAUAAAAAAUCGAAACGAAGGCCAUCGAAUGAGAUUGAGAGGAAGCUUCAGGACCUGGUUUGCCGCGUGCUUGGCCUAUCGGAGGAUAGACUAGGCAUGGAUGAUAGCUUUUUCCACCUUGGAGGGGACUCAAUCAGUGCUAUGAAGCUAGUUGGAGUCGCAAGAACCGAAAAACUGGGUAUAACUGUUGCUGAUAUCUUCAAAAACCCCCGGCUUGAAGAUUUAGCAUCUGCUCUACGCCACAAUCUCGACCUGAAGGCUGAUCGCAUAGAGCCAUUCUCUCUACUCGGCAAUGACGAAGCUCGUAAUGCUGCUAUUGAAAAGGUUGUCGGCACACGCUUGAUCGAAAUGAAAGACAUUGAAGAUAUAUACCCCUGCACCCCUCUCCAGGAGGGUAUGAUGGCGCUCAGCAUCAAGACUCCAGGGACAUAUACAAUGCAGCACAUUUUCCAGUUACCUGAGUUGGUGGAUACGAAACAGCUGCAGGUGGCAUGGGAUAGGGCCAUUGAAUCCAACCCAAUUCUUCGAACACGCAUAUAUCAAGGUGAUUGUGGAAAGGCUCAGCAGGUGGUUGUCCGUAGCAGAAUUGAGUGGCAAGAAUCGAAUAGUUUAGACGCAUAUCUCAUUCAAGAUCGGAACAUUCCAAUGAAACUUAUGGGGCCACUAAUCCGGCUUGCAUUGAUCAAUGAUCAGGCCGGUGGCUCUAAACGAUAUAUGGCUAUAACCUUGCACCACGCAUUAUACGAUGGGUGGUCGGAAUGCCUACUCCUGGAAGCUGUUGAAGCAGCUUACCGUGGUGAAGAAUUGAAGCAAAGGCCUUUCGCACCAUUGAUCAAAUAUAUUUCGCAGGGCUAUGAAGCUGCCAGAGGUUUUUGGCAUACUCAAUUUUCCGAUGUCAAAGCCGUUGCCUUCCCGCCUUUGCCCUCCGAAAACUACUCUGCCAUUCCUAGUUUUACAAUCCAACGGUCAGUUCGUUUGACAAAUUAUCACCAGAAUGGCUUCACUCUUAAUUGUCAACUGCGCCUAGCCUGGGCUACCGUAAUCUCGCAAUAUACAGCAUCUGAAGAUGUUGUAUUUGGAGUGACUGUGACUGGACGGGAUGCUCAAGUGCCCGAAAUUGAAAGUAUGACUGGCCCUGCGCUUGCCACUGUCCCUCUCAGAGUGCAACUACGCUCAAAUGACAAUGUUGGAGACAAUUUGCAGGAUAUCCAGGAUCAAUUCGCACAGUCCAUACCAUUUGAGCAGUUCGGACUCCAAAAUAUCGGCGCUCUUGGAGAAGAUGCUGCCGCUGCUUGCCGAUUUAACAGCUUGCUUCUCGUUCAGCCAUAUGUGGAAGAGCCCCAGUGGGAGAUAUUCAAUCAACAAGUCCCUAUACCUGGUCAAUCCACUUUCGAUACAUAUCCCUUGACUCUCCAAUGCACCUUGGGAAAAGAUAUCGUUGACGUUGAAGCAAUAUUUGAUGCCAAUGUUCUGUCCCAUGAAAUGAUGGAGAGAAUUCUCGGUCAAUUUGUACACCUCUUCGAAGAGAUGGCUAAGGAUCUAUCAAAGCCUAUUAAAAGCAUUAAUUUAAUCGGCCCUGAUGACAUGGCUUUAUUGAAGGUUUUGAAUGGUGAGCCACCACGAAAGCAGGAGUUACUAACACAUGCACUCAUCCAACAGCAAUGUGAAAGGCAACCGGAUGCCCAGGCAGUUUGCGCAUGGGAUGGCAACCUCACUUACAGCCAAUUAGAUAGCCAUACAAAGAGGCUCGCGGCCUAUCUCAACAGCCUUGGGGUAGGUACCGAAAUGAUCAUACCUCUCUGCUUUGAGAAAUCGAAAUGGACAACUGUUGCAAUGCUUGGAGUGAUGAGAGCCGGUGCUGCAUUUGUUCUUCUUGAUCCAUCUUCCCAGCCUGUCCAACGGAUGGCAGAAAUGUGCCAACAAGUGAGCGCUAGUUUGAUUCUUUCGUCUGAAAAAUAUGCCUCCAAAAUUCAACAACUCAGCUACGAGAUUGUUACAAUUGCAGACUCAGAACCUAUUUGGAAGACUGAGACUCCAAACUGGCAACCUCCGUAUAUCUGUCCCAACAACGCAAUUUACUCCGUCUUCACCUCUGGAUCUACUGGAAAGCCCAAAUGUAUUACCAUUGAACACCUUGGGUUCGCGAGUAGCGCAGAUGCAAACAGGAAGAUUCUGGGUCUAGGAUCCAAUACCCGCGUGCUUCAGUUUUCCUCAUACUCGUUUGACGUUUGUAUUGAAAACAACCUUACUACCCUAGUAGCAGGUGGCUGCAUUUGUGUUCCUUCAGAAGCAGAUUGCAAGGGUGACCUUGCAAAGUCGGCGCGAGACUUUAAGGUAACCUAUGCCGACUUGACGCCAUCAGUGGCCCGAAUCCUUGAGCCUCAUGAUAUACCCACUGUUGAGAUUGUUAUCCUUGGUGGUGAGGCUAUGGCAGCAGAGGAUGUUGCCCGCUGGUCCAAAAAAGUCCGCCUUGUCAAUGCAUAUGGCCCAGCUGAGUGUUCCGUCACCUCCACUAUCCAGCCAGAUGUCGGACUCCAGGUGAAUCCGGCCAAUAUUGGACGUCCAUGUGCCGCCAGAUGCUGGGUUGUAGAUAGGUUCGAUCAUUUAAGACUUCUUCCAAUUGGUGCUAUUGGUGAGUUGGUUAUCGAAGGUCCAAUUGUUGGUCGUGGUUAUUUGAACAAUCCUGCUGCAUCUGAGGCCUUUAUUGAAGCACCAGCAUGGCUUUCCGCCAUUCGAGAUGGUGAAAGUUAUCGAAUGUAUAAAACUGGCGAUCUAGUUCAAUAUAACGUUGACGGGACCCUCACCUACAUUGGUAGAAAGGACCUACAGGUCAAACUUAAUGGACAGAGAAUUGAACUAGGAGAUGUUGAGUCUCAUGUUCGCCGACAUUUCCGUGCCAGUCGAGAUGUUGUCGUUCAAGUGGUAACUCACACCGAACUUGGUAACCAUUCACGUCUCGUUGCAUUUGUCUGGCAAGAGCAUGAGCAAAACGGCGUCAUAGAGGGCGAGGCAUCACUACUUAGGGCUGCUACCGAACGAUUCCGUCAAGAUGUCAGAUCUGCUGAAGAGAAGCUUCGACAGUCUCUUCCAAACUUCAUGGUGCCAACUACAUUCAUACCAUUAUCUGAGCUUCCCUUGAAUGCAUCGGGCAAGGCGGACAGAAAGCGUUUACUCGAGGCUGUACUGGCAUUGUCUCGUGAAGAUAUCCAGUCCUAUGCCCCAGCUAGGGAGAGACGGCCGGUAUCCACGGAGAUGGAGCGCAAGAUCCAAGCAAUCUGGGCGAGGACACUAAAGAUCAGCCCAUCCGAGAUCAGUGCUGGAGAUAGUUUCUUCCAGCUUGGGGGUGAUUCCAUUGCGGCAAUGAAAGUUGCUGCUGCUGCCAGAACAGAGGGCGUUUUCAUUUCACUUCAAGACCUCUUCCAAAACGCUCCUUUGGAAAAGCUGGCCAAAGCAGGAGAGGCCAAAGUAAACGCUGCAGACGAAGCUAUUGACUGGACGAAAGAAAUUGCUGUCUGUCCGGGCCUUGAGAUGCCCUUGGUAAAGCUCCCGCCGCGUCAAACUCCCGAGAGCAAGGUCGAGGUCAUCUUGACUGGAUGUACCGGCUUUUUAGGCCACGAAAUUCUCAGACAGCUUGAAGAGUGCCCCGAAAUUUCCAAGAUUCACUGUGUCGCCAUCCGAGCGAAGGGUACAGGAGUUGCAAGGAAUGAUAGCCUUAACUCUGAGAAGAUUGUGACAUACACAGGUGACCUCGCACUACCACGACUUGGUCUAUCGAGGGAAGAAGAAGAGCGUAUCCUAGCCCGGUGUGGAGCAAUAAUUCACUGUGGUGCCUUGGUAUCUUUCGUCCAGGGCUACCAAACCCUCUACGGGCCCAAUGUAGCGUCUACAAAGGAGCUCGCGAGAUGGGCCAUGAAAAACUUCAUACCUUAUCACUUCGUCUCGACUGCUGGAGUAGGCCAUCUCAGCGGUGCCGAUUUCUUCGAUCAAGUAUCUGUUUCAGCAUAUCCACCCCCUACCGACGGAUCGGACGGAUACACCGCAUCGAAAUGGGCGAGCGAAGCCUACCUGGAGAAUGUGAAUCAGAAAUUCGGACUUCCAAUCUACAUCCACAGACCGACCAAUAUUAUUGGCACCAGCACAUCCCAAAUCGACGUUGUCAAUAACCUAUUGACAUAUUCUCGCAAGAUAAAGAUGGUUCCUCGCUUUACAAACUGGACUGGAUAUCUGGAUCUUAUCAAUGUCAGAUAUGUCGCUUCCGACAUUGUUGAGAGUGUGCUGAAGUUGAGAACUCCUACCUCCACCGACAGAUAUGGUUUGGAAUACAUACAUGAAGGAGGAGAGAUCGUCGUACCUAUUCAGCAGCUGGGAGAAUACCUGGGCAAAGAAGCCGGUGGUCCUUCGUUUAAGAAUGUGGACUUGGAUUGUUGGGUUGCGAGUGCGAAUGAGCAUGGAAUCAACCCGCUUGUUGGGGACUACUUGAAGGAUUUACGAGACCAGGAAAUUGAAGUGUCUCUUCCUUUGGCAAAGUGCAAUCGCACGAUGGAGACGUUGGCUACAUUGAACAGAGAAAACGGAGCAAAUGGAGUACACAUUACAAACGGAGUGAAUGGUAUAAAGGUGGAUGGUACUGCUGAAGCAAACGGAUUACAUUGA